UGGUUCAGUCGAAGUUUGUUCCAUGGCCGUUGUUCGUUGUCGUUGGCUCGGAUUAUUUUGGCGGGAAGCUAUCCACAGUAAUAAAAUGGUGUCGAAAGCACUUUUAUUAGAAAACUUCCAGAUAACUGGCUAUGAUGAUGUCAGCGACGAAGUUUUGGAAAAGUGUGUUGAACUUUGUCACUGGUAUAACAAAAGCGAAGAAGAAUUUGGAGAUAUAUGGGUAGCUUUUUGCAUACAGCAUCAAGAUGGAAAUUUAAAUCCAACAUUAGAAGCAUUAGAAGAACUGAAAAAGAUUACACCUAGAGAAGAAAAAGGCUGUGAUAAUAUAUUUAAAAAGCAUCAAGAACAAAACAUAAAGUUAUUAAAUUCAUCAAAAUCAGAGAUAUUGACUGACAACGAACAGGAAAUUUUGAAAUUAUAUGCUACACCAGAAGCAGUCAAUAAAUUGCAUAGAAAGAGAGCAGCCAGUCCAGAUCUAGUAGAUAGCAGUAGCAGUGGCGGCGACGGAUGCAAAAUACAAGCCACAAUAGAAUGCAGCACGCCGUCGUCCCUCGAACAACCGAGCAGUAUCGAUACCGACAUCGCCGACGCCACGCAGUCACAGCUCAGCUUUAGUCAGUCUAACAUUACAUGUACAAAAGGAGGCAUAAAAGUAGUCCUAUCCGUUGGUCAAAAAGUCUCAAUAUGGGCAACCAACAAAAAGUACAAGUGCUCGAUCAAGCACGCGGGACCACGUGUACCGGCAAAUUCGAGGUACAUGUUUGAAUUAUUGAAGACCGCGUCAGAAGUACGUACUCGAGUAUGUCGCAUAAUUGGGUACAAAAUCAACGUCUUUUGGAAAAAGCAAAAGAAGGAUGAUCUGGUGACCACGUGGAAUGUUCGCACAAGAAGUCAGAAGCCAUACCGAACUUGGGGACGCGUGUGCUUCGAGUCCGAAACGAAGAAAUGGAAUGUCGGAGCUACGAUACUACUUGAGGGUUGCAGGAAACCACCCAGAACCGAUACGGUUGAGGCGAAACUCUGGCCGCAGGUGGAGCUUGACGUGAGCGAUCUACCAGGAUGCAGUAUUUUUCCUGGUCAAAUCAUUGCAGUGGAAGGCACGAAUUUGACGGAGAAUUUGCUAAAAGUGAAAGAUGUUUUUACUGGCAGUUUUAUACCCGCAGCUCAACCACCAUACUUUACUGAUGAUUUAAAAGUCAUGGUCGCGGCUGGACCUUUCACACAAUCGAAUGAUCUCAACUAUCAGCCACUCUAUGAAUUAAUGGCUAGAGUUGCUGAAGAUGAGCCGCACGUUUUAAUUCUUAUUGGGCCUUUCGUUGACUAUAAUCAUCCUCACAUUCAAAGUGGUGAAGCAAAUUGUUCACAUCAAGAGAUUUUCAAUAAAAUUAUUCUUAACAUAAAGAAUAAUUUAGUUAGCAAAUGUACUCAAGUAGUAUUAGUAGCUUCGGGUAGAGAUGCUCAUCAUCAUGCAAUUUAUCCGACGCCAGAAUAUUUUAUACCGAAAUCAUUGCAAGGGGCCGACAUCCACGUACUCCCUGAUCCUUGCACUUUAGAUAUCGAUGGUUUGAGACUAGGAAUUACGUCAGUUGACGUUUUAAUGCAUCUUGGACGCGAAGAAGUUACGAUAAAAUCAAUAUGCAAAGACAAAUUAAGUCGUUUAGGGAACUACAUCUUGAAUCAAGCUUGCUAUUAUCCAUUGUAUCCUUCAGCAAAAGAAAUUAACAUCGAUUGCGAGCUUUGGGAAAAAUAUGCUUUUCUGAAAGAAAAGCCACAUAUGUUAUUGUUACCAUCUGAUAUGAGAUAUUUUUGCAAACACGUAAAUGAAUCCGUGAUUCUCAAUCCUGAAAGAUUGAGCAAACGCGUAUUUGCUAGAAUUAACUUCAAACCUUCAGUCAGCAGUACGUGGACACCAGACAAUAUAUCGUGUGAAAUAAUUAAAAUGUAGAGACGUAAUGCUGUUAAACUUUAUUUAUUAUUAUUAUUAUUAUUAUAAGUAGCUUGUACGUUCACUAUUUUUAUUGUCUAGAUUUCAAUUGUACGAGUUAAGUAUAAUGGAAAAAGAGUGUUUAUUUAAGCUUUGA